UUACAAUCCUAUUAACCUUACGGUUAUCAUAACAGAGAGAUUUGAUAAUUUAAUGAAUUGUAAGAAAAUAUGCAGGUUCAAGACUUAGAUAAUGAAAAAUAUUCCCCCAAUUAUUUAUUGAUUUCUGUGAAGCACGAACUAUGUGGAUUUUUCAAUAUAUCUUGUGUGUUUUUUUCUUCGUCUAUUUACCUAUAUCCGUCAAGGCUAGUGAACGUGUAGAAACUCACCGACAAUGUCAGGCUAAUACAAAAACAAAACUUUCAGAUGAUAUAGUUCAUAAACUUCACACAGGAGAAGAAGUAAAUGAUCCAAUUUUAGGUAAACACAUGCUCUGCAUGUUUACAAAGAUGCUUAUAAUGAACGCAGAUGGAGAUAUAAAUGCGGAAGUGCUGAGGACAAAAGCAAACAGAGCUUUGAAAGAUGAGAAUAAACUUAAUGCGUUGGUCAAAAGAUGUAGUAGCAUCAAGGAGCCAGGAAGUGCCGAAGAUGCUGCCAUAAAAUUACUUAAGUGUGUUGAAAUAGACGUCCCAGUGAUUAAGCACCAAUACACGUAAUAAUGACAUUUUAAAAGAUUUAAUUUUUAAAUAAAUUAAUUAAAAUAAAAAUUAUUAUGUCAGCUGUAAAGGAAAAAAAUAAAUAGUUGUUGAUGAUUUGGAAGUUGUCGCUAAAAAUAAUAAAUUUACAUUUACA